GCGCGCCACGAGUCCGUCAGUCGCGCUCAAGAUUCCGAGAUAGGAGGUUUGUUUCAUUGCUUCGUAUUAUCUCAUCGUCGUUGUCGUCGUUCGAAACGUCAUUGCCAUUGUGAACCGUGUUGCUUAUUACAUUCUUCCUUAAAGACAUUUCUCAAAUAAAUAAUAACUUCGACCUUCUACACGUGCUAUUUUUUCUAAAGAAAGAAAAAAGUUUCGAAGGUCGGCGGUCCGACGCGCGACGAUUACGCGAUCUCGCGGCCGAUUUUCGUGCCAUGCGUGGCAAGAAGAGCCACGAGAAAGCAUUAUUUCUUACAAGAACUAUCUUUUUUUAACUCUUUUCGUUUGUCAUUACUUGCCUAAACAAAAUAAGACAGUCUUACCGUUACAUUAUCCAUUUCCUUGAAUUGAAGAAACAACAACUGCUCGGACAGGUUAAAAAGGAUUAAGAAGAUUACCUGUUGCGGUACUAAGUAUAUUGAGGCGAGAACGACGAAGAGAAACUAGAAAGAGAGGAUAGAGAAACGUACUUAAAUGUUUCGAGGAGAAAUUAGGAAGCGGUGGAAAAUCUUCGACGAUUCUUAAAUGGAAAUGCAUACCGAAAAUCGAUCCGAAUUUAUUCACCAAUGACACAUUUGCUGGUGAUGAGGUGACGAUCGAUUCGGUGACAAGUUUCGACCCAAAUCGAUCGAGGAUGGCUAAAAGUACUGAAAGAUUACCUGGUACUUCUUCCAGAUUAAGAACUAGAGACGACGGAUGCUGUUCAGUCAAUUUUCUUAAAUAUGUUUUACAUAUUUACAAUGUCGUCUUAUUUUUAUCCGGAUUUGUGGUGGGCGGUAUUGGCAUUUGGACGGUCGUCUCGAAGCACAGUUACAUAUCUCUCAUGACAACGUCGACAUAUCCAAGUCUCGCUUAUGCCCUCAUUGUCGCAGGUAUUUUGGCUGUUGUUGGAAGCUGGUUAGGAUGUGGUGGGGUUACCACAGAAAACAGAUGCGUUCUUCUAAUUUAUGUUUUCAUCGUGAUGGCAGUCCUCGUAUUAGAGGCAGGAGUAGGCGCAUUGGCACGUCUCUACGAAGAACAAGUAGGUCCAGAAUUGAAGAUGAAUCUCAAUCGAACCUUCCUUGAGAAUUAUUCCAUAAGAUCGAGAGAAACUGCUGCAAUCGAUCAAAUGCAAAAGGAAUUUAAAUGUUGCGGUGCUCUUCGGUUUGAGGAUUGGUUGGUCAGUGAAUGGCACAAGGACGAAGAAGUUCUUAAAAAUGGAAGCCUCGUGCCUGAUAGUUGUUGCAAAACACCGACAAUACUUUGCGGGAGGAGAGAUCAUCCGUCUAACAUUCAAUAUACGGGAUGCAUUUACAAGUUUCUUGAGACGACCAAGGAUCAUCUGAUCAUUCUUGGUGCCGUCGGUCUUGGUCUAUCCGUCCUUGAACUUUUUGGUAUAGUUCUUGGUUCGUGCCUCUAUAUCAAACUCAGACACGAUUUCGAUGAUUGACAAUGCCAUUUUUCACGAAGACAACAAUUCUGACGACUAAGAGAAAUGACAAAAAAAAAAAAGAAUUAAAAAAAAAAUAACACAUACACACAAAGCGAAAUUAAUUGACACUUCGCUUUCAAACUUUUCGAAAUUAUUUAUUUGGACCAAUUGAUCUUCGAUCAUCGAUCCUUUCUGCUCAAAUUUGUUAGCAAUUUCACUUAGAAUUUAAAACAAUUUUUGUACGACCAAUAUGAUAGUUGAAUAGAAAAAGAGAUAGAAAAAAAGAUAGAGAUAGAGAUAGAGAUAGA